AUGGGCGAAGAAUCAGAAACCGCCUCCGCUUCCGCAGAUCGUCAUCUUCUCCAGAAAAUCGCCAAGAUCUUCAACGAGACUCGCACUUCGUACGCCACUCAUAACCGGAAGCUGAAGGAGCUAGCCACCAUCCGGUCAAAACUAUCUUCGUCUGAUGCCGAUGACUCCUCUUCGAUCCGUCAAUUCUCGUCGGCCUUCUUCAAAACCCUAACCCCUCUUUUCGUCGCGGCUCAACGGAGAACCGCAGCAGCAGAGCGUGUUGUGCGAUUCGUGGCGGAAUUCGCUUGCCUGCGUGGUAAUUCAGAUGGUGAUUCCGAUUGCGACGAGUUUCUGGGUGAAUUUCUCAAGUUUUUAGUUGCUGGGUCUGUGGCGGCGAACAGAAACGCUAGAUUCAGGGCGUGCCAGAUCAUUUCCGAGAUCAUAUUGAGGCUGCCAGAUGAGGUGGAAGUGGCGGAUGAGCUAUGGGAUGAUGUGAUAGAUUGUAUGAUGGUGCGUGUUCAGGACAAAGCUCCUGUCAUCCGUACUUUUUCUGUGAGGUCUCUUUCACGAUUUGUGAACGAUCCUGAGAACAGUGACAUUCUUGAUUUGCUCCUUGAGGUGCUUCCUUUGGAGCAGAAUCCGGAGGUACGCAAAACAAUUGUGCUAUCUCUGCCUCCUUCAAAUGCAACCACUCAAGCAAUUAUCGAUUGUACACUCGAUGUUAAUGAAUCAGUGCGCAAAGCUGCUUACUCUGUUCUAGCAAACAAAGUUCCUCUUCAGAGUCUGAGCAUCAAGCUUAGGACCACAAUUCUUCAGAGAGGGCUCACUGACCGUGCUGUAAAUGUUUCAAAGGAAUGUUUGAAGCUAAUGAAGGAUCAAUGGCUAUCUAACUGUUGCCAAGGAGAUCCUAUUGAAUUUCUCAAAUACCUUGACGUGGAGACCUAUGAAUCUGUAGCAGAAUCGGCUUUGGAGGUUCUGUUAAGUGAGGGACUGAUAAUGCCCGCUGAUGAUAAAAGCAUCCAGCAGUACAUAUUGUUAGCCGAUGGUGAAGCUAGAGAUGAGAGCUCAUGUUCUCCACCCAGCAUCCAACUUAUGGAGCCGGAAAUUGCUCUUUACUGGAGGAUUAUAUGCAGGAACUUACACAAAAGUGCUCAAGCAAAGGGUUCUGAUGCUGCUACUGCGAUGGGAGCUGAGGCAGCAGUUUAUGCUGCUGAAGCUUCAGAUGCAAAUGAUUUGCUGGAAAGAAUUCUUCCUGCAACAGUGUCUGAUUACGUUGCUCUAGUUAAAGCUCAUAUAGAAGCUGGACCGAAUCAUCACUUUGCUUCAAGGCAGCUAUUAUUGCUGGGCACAAUGCUUGAUUUCUCCGAUGCUAUGCUCCACAAGACUGCAAGUUCAUUUGUCCAGGAGCUACUCCACAGUCCUUUUGAGCAAGAAUUAGAUGAAGAUGGGAACAGUAUUGUAAUUGGAGAUGGUAUAAACCUUGGUGGUGAUAGAGCUUGGGCUGAUGCAGUAUCCAAAUUAGCUAAGAAAGUUCAUGCUGCCCCUGGAGAAUAUGAAGAGAUUAUACUUGUUGUUGUUGAAGAACUUGCGAGACCCUGUAGGGAAAGGACUGCAGAUUUCUUGCAGUGGAUGCACAUGCUUUCUCUGACGAGUCUUCUGUUGGAAAAUGGAAAAUCUAUCCAUUCACUGCAAGGGAAGGCUAUUGAACCAGAAGAGAUAUUGCAUGCUUUGUUGCUUCCUGGGGCAAAACACACACACUUGGAUGUACAGAGGAUUGCUGUAAAAGGCCUUGGUCUCUUUGGUUUGUUAGAGAAGAAGCCUAGCGAAGAGCUAGUAAGACAACUAAGGGUAGCUUUUUGUAGAAGUCCUCCUCCGAUUAGUAUCAUGGCUUCCAAGGCACUAGUUGAUCUUGGGAUGUGGCAUAGUCCAACAGAAGUUGACAAGGCAAUGGGACAAGAUCUCUCAUCACAGUUUGACGAUGAAAGCAUUGAUUUUGUACCUAUCGACUUGUCCAACGCCGAAGGAGAUUUGAACUUAAAGAUGCUCGAUCUCUUGUAUGCUGGACUUGAAACUGAUGACUGGAGAGCAUACACAGAGAGCAGUGAAAAUGAGUCGGUUAAAGCAACUAUCGGCGAGGGAUUUGCGAAACUUCUUCUUUUAGGAGAGAAGUACCCAAACUUGCCUCCAUCCUUUUAUCCUUUUGUCUUAGGUAAGCUGGUCGCAUUAUACUUCAGCGAGGAGUCAAAAGAACAACUGAGGUUCAAACAGUGUUUAUCUGUCUUCUUUGAGCACUAUGCCGCUCUCUCAGAAAAGCACAAGGGAUAUGUGUCAAAGGCUUUUGUUCCUCUGAUACGUUCAUUGUGGCCUGGGAUUGAUGGAAUCACUAAAAUGUCGUCAUAUGUUGUAUCAAAUCAACGUAAGCGCGCAGUCCAAGCAUCCCGAUUCAUCCUGCAGAUGAUGCAAACCCCUCUAUACAAAAAGGAGACAAGAGGUGGGCCUGAAAGCGCAGAAGAUUCUAUCCAGACUCCACUAGACCGUACAGAAGAAGGGUUAGCCAUACGCAUAGCCAUCGAGAUGGUAAGCUUCAAGGCGAAGAAGACUGCUGCUGAGAAGGCAUAUGUUUUAGCGCUGUGCAAGAUACUUGUGCUGCUCAAUCUGAAACCAUCUGAACAAAACGUGAUAAAGUUGAUGAGAAGGCUUUUAAGCCGAGUCGCGGAUUCUGUAUCCUCAGAGAAGGAGCUUCUUAAGGAAGUGAAACAGAUGCUUGACCAUCUCAAAUGUUUGGAUGCUUCUCCAAGCGAGGAGCUUUCACAAGAUGAAGCAAAUUCCAUCUUUGAAACGCUAGGAGUAAGUUACGACCUGGACAUCACUGCGCCUGCAACAGUGCCACAGACACCAGCUCCUUGCUCAACCAGACCAACUCGAUCAAGAAGACGAGUGAGGGUUGAAACAUCAUCUGAUGAAGAUGAACAAGUAGCAUCUCCUCCUCCACCUUCUGCUGCUACUAAUUUGAUGACCCGGUCACACCGAGCAAGCAAAGCCGCUGCGUUAGCCAAAAUGACUGCAAGCAGAAUGAAAUUGAGCGACGCAGAGGAAGAUGAUGAGGAAGAAGAAGAGGCAUCUGAUGUUACUGCAGAGGAUUCAGAUGAAUCUGAAUAG